GGGUGGUGUGAUAAACGGCCCAAUCAUCUGAACCAAGAAGUCCUGGACUUACUCCUAUAACUCUGUGAUCUCCAGCUCCUACCAUUUAGCUGGUACAGAUGGCAUUGUUCCAGGACAUCUCCUUGACCCCAGAGCUACUACUGGCCACUGCCAUCUUCUGUAUAGUAUUUUAUGUGGUCAAGGCUUUAAGAACCCGGGUCCCCAAAGGUCUGAAGAGUCCACCUGGACCCUGGGGCUGGCCCAUCAUUGGGCAUAUGCUGACCCUGGGGAAGAACCCACACCUGUCUCUGACCAAGCUGAGCAAGCAGUAUGGGGACGUGCUGCAGAUCCGCAUUGGCUCCACGCCUGUGGUGGUGCUGAGUGGCCUGGACACCAUCCGGCAGGCCCUGGUGAAGAAGGGGGAUGACUUCAAGGGCCGACCAGACCUCUACAGUUUCACAUUUAUCAGUGAUGGCCAGAGCUUGACCUUUAACCAAGACACUGGACCGGUGUGGGUUGCCCGCCGCCGCCUAGCCAUGGAUGCUCUGAAGAGUUUCUCCAUAGCCUCAGACCCGAACUUAUUGUCCUCUUGUUACUUAGAGGAGCAUGUGAGCAAAGAGGCUAACCAUCUAGUCAGCAAGUUCCAGAAGCAGAUGGAAGAAGUUGGGCACUUCGAACCAGUCAACUUAGUGGUGGAAUCAGUGGCUAAUGUCAUUGGAGCCAUGUGCUUUGGGAAGAACUUCCCCCGGAAGAGCAAAGAGAUGAUGAGCCUCGUGAAGAACAGCAACGACUUUGCAGAGAAUGUCUCAUCAGGGAAUGCUGUGGACUUCUUUCCCGUCCUGCGCUACCUGCCCAACCCAGCCCUCAAGAGGUUUAAGAACUUCAAUAAUAAAUUUGUGCUGUUCCUACAGAAGACCGUCCAGGAACACUACCAAGACUUCAACAAGAACAAUAUCCAGGACAUCACAGGUGCCCUGUUCAUGCACACUGAGAACUCCAAAGACAACAGUGUCCAAAUCCCCCAGGAGAAGAUUGUCAACAUUGUCAAUGACCUCUUUGGAGCUGGAUUUGACACAGUCACAACAGCCAUCUCCUGGAGCCUUUUGCUCCUUGUGACACGGCCCAAUGUGCAGAGGAAGAUCCACAGGGAGUUGGACACAGUGAUUGGCAGGGAUCGGCAACCACGGCUUUCUGACAGACCUCAGCUGCCCUAUCUGGAGGCCUUCAUCCUGGAGACCUUCCGAUACACAUCCUUUCUCCCCUUCACUGUUCCCCACAGCACAACAAGGGACACCUCACUGAAUGGCUUCCACAUUCCUAAGGAGCGCUGUAUCUUCAUAAACCAGUGGCAGGUCAACCAUGACGAGAAGCAGUGGGAAGACCCCUUUGAGUUCCGUCCAGAGCGGUUUCUUACUGAUGACAGCACAGCCAUCAACAAGACUCUGAGUGAAAAGGUCAUGAUUUUUGGCCUGGGAAAGCGUCGGUGCAUUGGAGAGACCCCGGCCAAGUGGGAAGUCUUCCUCUUCUUAGCCAUCCUGCUGCAUCAGCUGGAGUUCAGCGUGCCACCAGGCCUCAAGGUGGACCUGACACCAACCUACGGGCUGACCAUGAAGCCUCCGAUCUGCAAACACCUUCAGGCGUGGCCACGCUUUUCCAAGUGAAGAUGGCCAAGACGGGAAGAGGCAGCCAUGGGGCUGUCACCUUUGUUUUUUCCUUCCUUUCUAUAUGACAGCUUUUUUGGAGUACAAAUCUUUCACCAUUUAAUUCACUUCCAAUCAAUUUUAGAAUAUUGUCUGUCAUAAUCCCCAUACCUAUACCCAUUAAGAUUCUUGACUAUUCCCUCCUAACCUGUCUCCCUUGCCCCUCCAGAUGCCAAUCCAGCUUUUGACAAGUAGAUUUGCCUACUGUCGCCAUUUCACACAAACCCCAUGAUGUGUGGUCUGUGACUGGCUCUUUUCACUUCACACAGUUCUUUCAAAGUUCACUCGUUGUGGUCUGUAGGGUAAUAAACCUCGGUUGCUUGAGCCUGCGACUCCAAGCAGCCCUCAUUCUGUUUCCUCAUA